AAGUUAACGAGCCUUAGGAAGAUGAACUACUGGAAUGUAAUGGAAUUUGUGUCAACGCUUGGUGAAACAUAUACUGAGGUAGUGUUGAGGAAUCAAAACGUACAAAAUCUCCUUAACUCUGGUGAGAAGUUUGAUCUAGUUAUAAUGGAACAUUUUUGGAACGAAGCGCUGGCAAUAUUUGCUCAUCGUUUCAACUGUCCUCUGGUGUAUUUUGCAACAGGACCCGUAUCAAUUUUCAAUAGCCAUCUGAUUGCGAAUCCAACUUAUUCUUCGUAUAUUCCAAAUUUUCUAACGACUCUUGGUUCCCAAAUGAACUUCUUGGAGAGGUUGAAGAAUUUAUUUGUUAAUAUACUUUGUGUUACAUACGCCGAGUUCAAAUCAAUUCCUAAACAGAACGCCUUAUUGAAAGCAACAUUUCCUGAUUCUCCUAAUCUCGAAAACAUAGUAUAUAAUGCAAGUUUGAUGUUCGUCGUUUCACACAUCAGUAUCCAUGAUCCACUGCCACUCCAACCAAGUAUUAAAUAUAUAGGAGGACAUCAUGUGGGUCCUUUAAAAACAUUACCUGAAAAAAUCAAGCAAUUCAUGGAAAAUGCUUCAGAAGGUGUGAUUGUUUUUUCCUUGGGAUCUAUUUUGAGAAGCUGUGAUUUGACUUUCCAACAAAAAGAAGUUAUACUGAAUGUGUUUUCGAAAAUGAAACAAAAAAUAUUGUGGAAAUAUGAACGUGAUCUUGAUGGAUUACCCAGAAAUGUAAUGAUUUCAAACUGGCUGCCACAACAGGAAGUACUUG